AUGAAGUACUUCGAGCUCCUGUCCUUGACUUUCCCUCUCUUCGUGGCGGCACACAACGCCCAGCAUCACUUCGGCGGGCAUGGCGAACACCAUCAUGUAGAGCCGUCCUGGGUCAACACGAAAGAACAAACUUGGCUGGAUAAAUAUGGCCCUCAGGUCGACAAUGCGUUCUCCGGGCCGUUGUCCUUCUCACACAUACCAUACGCAAAAUGCCUCGAGGACGUCUCGCAAACGUUCGAUAUCGCGAUCUUGGGCAUGCCGUUCGACACCGCCGUCAGUUACCGCCCUGGAGCCCGGUUCGGGCCCUACGCAAUUCGCAGUGGAAGCAGGAGGCAGCGCACAACCCGCGGAUAUACUCUUUCUUGGAGCAACAACCCUUACGAGGACGGCGCGCGAAUUCUCGAUUGUGGUGACGUGCCUAUUAGUCCAUUCGACAAUGCUCUCGCCGUGGACCAGAUGGAAACUGCUUACACGACACUAUUGUCGAGAUCUAUUGGCACUGUGCAUUCUGAUGGGACUGUUAUGUCUCGCGCAAUGAACAUCACUCGCUCAUUGUCUUUGGAUCACACACCUCAUCCGCGCAUCAUUACGCUCGGCGGCGAUCACACUAUCGUUCUCGGUAUCCUCCGGUCACUGUACAAAAAAUAUGGGCCGAUUUCGGUUAUCCACUUUGAUGCCCACCUAGACACAUGGUCCAUUAUACCCGGAAACUAUCCAGGUUCCGAUACGGCACAAUCACGCAUCACACAUGGAUCGUUCUUCCACAUCGCUCGAGAAGAGGGGCUCCUCAGUAAUCAUAGUAUUCACGGCGGUAUUCGUUGCAAGUUCGCGGGCCCUGGUGACUUUGAGCAUGACAAGAAUACCGGUUUUCAGAUCAUCUCUACGGACGACAUUGACGACUACGGUAUUCCGGCAAUAAUUUCGCGUAUACGUGAGCGUGUUGGCGAUACACCUGUGUACCUGAGUCUGGAUAUUGAUGUUGUAGAUCCCGGUCUGGCACCAGCAACCGGCACACCCGAAGCUGGUGGAUGGACCAUGCGGGAGGUGAAGCGCAUCGUUCGAGGACUUGCUGGGCUCAACUUUGUAGGGGCGGACAUCGUGGAAGUUGCGCCCGCUUACGAUCACGCUGAGAUAACCGGCAUUGCAGCUGCUGAUCUUGUGCAUGACUUUCUGUCAAUGUUUGUCGCAGAUCAACCGCCGAAAACUGUGGACCUCUGGUCUUCAUAGUGUCUGUACAUUGCUGGCGUACACUGCAACUGCCAGGCCUUCAUUGUACCCUUCAUGAGACUAGUCCCAACGGUACGCCGCCUAAAUCGGUAGUGAUACAUGCAAUGCAAUACACAACGAAUAAAGAUAUCCUUCGAACCGAACAUAUUCAAAGACCAAGGCACA